GCCGAGGCCGAGAGAGGGUGGUGGCCGUGCGGGGGACCUGGACGGGCCAGCUAUAAAGCCUCUCUGCCCCGCUGGGACCGCAAGGACAGCCCACGAGCCUGCGUUCCAGGUCCCCGUGGACACCAUGGGCCCCCGACUCCUCCUGGCUGUGUGCCUGGUCCUCCUGGUGCUGGGAUGUGUGGUCCAGGGGGCCCACCUGCCCCAGAAUGAUGAGCCCGCCAGCCCCGCCCUGCUCACAAAGGUGCAGGAGUCGCUGUCCAGCUACUGGGACUCAGCGAAGGCAGCCGCCCAGGGCCUCUACAACAACACCUACCUGACUGCCGUGGAUGAGAAAAUCAGGGACAUGUACAGCAAGAGCACGGCGGCCAUGACCACCUACGCAAGCAUCGUCACGGACCAGCUCCUAACUCUGCUGAAGGGAGACGUGUGACAGCCAGGCCCCGUGGUGGGGGAGGGGAGGCCCCAGGCCCCUGCCCCUGCCCCGCCCCCACCGCCCGCUCUCCUGACCCACAACCAGGACUGCACUGAGCUGCCAGUUCCCAGCCCUGGCCUGAAUCCUUCCCACUAAUAAUAAUAAUAAUAAAAACCAGAGGCCAAGUUCA